CACCACGAACAUUUCAGCACAGCAACUCCGUUACCGUCACGUCACUGCACCCUGCCUCGUUCUCGCAUCACGCCACGCCGGGAAUUUUCUGAUUGGUGUGCCUCGUCGCGGGGAACUGUGCGCACACGGGUUGUCGGGUACCUGAAUCGUGCCGGGACCAGACAUCCCGGCAGCGGCGAGGAUCUCGGUGCUGCAGGUGACAGCAUUUCUGGCUGCGGACUGUAGACUUAGAACCGAAGCCGUCACUUACACGCCUGGCUUGAGUUGCCUCUCCCUUUAGGGCUGCUCGCUCUUUUUCCGGCUUCGGCGCCCUCGGUGACACUCAACGGUGCGGGUCCCCAGUCCCUACCGAAUAUCGCCAGGAUGCCGGCGAUUCUAGACGACCCGGCAUCUCCGACCAUCUAUCGGGUGUCCGGAGAUGCCCCGUAUCCCGACCCAGCCAAUCCUGCCGUGCCGCCAACAAUCAUGUCCCGCCAUGUAACACUCCGCGACCGUCAGACGGUCGCUACUGUCGUCCCCUUUGCAUCUCGCCACGAGGUCCCCGAGUCCCUUCUUCACUACCUGAGUGACCAGUUCAACAAGGAAAUCGAGGGCGGCGACACGUACCCGAUGUUGGAGCCAAUGCCCUUCGACAAGUUUGCCUCGUACUGGUUCCAGAACUUUGGCGGCAUCAUGCUCCUGGGCCAUAUCGGGAGUGCAGCCGAGGUCGUCGAGGGAAAGGACUGGUCCAAGGAGUGUCUUGGCACCUUCUACAUCAAGCCCAACUACCCAGGGCGCAGCAGCCAUAUCUGCAAUGCUGGUUUCAUCGUCACCGACGCAUCCCGCAACCGCGGUGUAGGCCGGCUGAUGGGCGAGACCUACCUCGACUGGGCGCCCAAGCUGGGAUACAAGUACUCCGUCUUCAACCUCGUGUACGAGACGAAUGUGGCGUCGUGCAAGAUCUGGGACGCCCUGGGCUUCAAGCGCAUCGGACGGGUCAAGGGCGCCGGCAACCUCAAGAGUUAUCCGGACCGACUGGUGGACGCCAUCAUCUACGGGCGCGACUUGGGCGACGCGCCAGGCGGCGCGGGCAACGAGGAACUUAAAAGCAGGCUGCGUAGCGCUGCUACCCACUACAAACUCCUGGACGGCGACGUUCUGAUGCUCAAGGACAAAGAGGUCAUUUCGGACCCCCAGCGGCAGUACGAUAUCGCCAGGAGCGUUCACAACCAGGCCCAUGGCGGCAUCAACAAGACCACGGCCACCAUCGCCGAGCGGUACCAUUGGAGUCGCAUCAAAGAGACGGUCUCGGAUGUAAUUAGGAAUUGUGCUGAAUGCAAAGAUACGAGCAAGGCGUCGUCGGCCCAGACCCAGCAGCCAUCUCCGGGGAUUCCGGUUAACGGCCUCAAGCGCCCCAACCUGAGUCCUACGUCUGCCCCUGCCUCCAAACGUGCCUCGCCAAGCCCUCCGGUUCCCGGAUCCGGCAUAGAGCUGGCCGCCGGAGGACCUCGGCCGUCCGUGGCCGAUCCGUCGCACCUGUCACCGUUCACGCUGCCAUCCCACCAUCAGUUCGCUGAUCCCGGCGCCAUCUCCAUCCUCCGGCCGGCAGCCCAGGCUCUGCCGUCACCCUCCGAUGCUACCAUGACACAGCACGACGCAAUGGCUCGAGAUAACCACAACCCAAUGCUCCAAAACACAUCCCACAGGCCAAUACAUUCACACCACCACUCACCAUCCGCUCACCCAGUGCAUCUCCCGGCCCUUGCUGCCCAUCCACAUGAGCUUCCCGUCCCGGACUACCAACCCAUUGACCCACAAAUAAUAGGACAGUCCUCCGUGGCCGAAAACAACCCACAUAUUCAUACAAGCCUUGAUCAUCACAGCGACCACUACGCCUUUUCCCAACAUUCCCCCGCACACCACCACCACGCCGAUACCCAUCACGACCCUGACUCUGACGCUGCCGACGCCGAAACGUUCCAAGCGCUGAUUAACGCCGCCGCUACUGACGACGACGAACUCGAAGCGGAGCAUGGCCUGGGA